UUAACCACUUCCCGUCCAGCCCAUGUACAUAAACAGUCAGACGGAAGCAGUGCAGGAGCGGGUGGCCAUUUAUAAAUGUCCUCCCGCUACCCUCCCUGUGUGCGGCACCACGAUCCGGUGCCCACUGUGUCUUCUGGAUACAGCAGAACACCGACCACUAUACGGGACCUCUGUGUGAGGUCCCGAUCAUCUGAUCACUGAUUGGCCAAUCAGUGAUCACAUGCAGAGUAGUAAGCAAGAUGUCACUUCUGACAUCAUUGCUUACUACUUGUGAAAUCUGUGAAUGAUCACAGAGGUAACAUGGUACAAGGCUAUUCAUAACAGCCUUGUACCAUGUGACAAGCUGUGACCAAUCACAGCUCACACAGUA